GCCCCCGCCGCGCGCUCUCGGGAGGCGGCAGCAGCGGCGGCGGCAGUAUCCAUCCAGAGCAUCAGCAGUCUCGGCAGCAUCCCAGCAUCCUCGGGCGGGGCCGGCCGUCGGACGGACGGACAGAGGUUGCCUGGGGCGAGUGGCCGCCCAGGCCGGCCAUGGAGGGCUCCUCGUUCGGCGCCGGCCGCGCAGGGGCCGCCCUAGACCCAGUGAGCUUCGCGCGGCGGCCGCAGACUCUGCUGAGGGUCGCGUCCUGGGUGUUCUCCAUCGCCGUGUUUGGGCCUAUAGUCAACGAGGGCUACGUGAACGCCGACAGCGGCCCAGAACUGCGCUGCAUCUUCAAUGGGAACGCGGGCGCCUGCCGCUUCGGGGUCGUGCUGGGACUCGGGGCUUUCCUCGCCUGCGCCGCCUUCUUGCUGCUCGACGUGCGCUUCCAGCAGAUCAGCAGCGUCCGCGACCGUCGUCGAGCCGUUCUGCUGGACCUGGGGUUCUCAGGUCUCUGGUCCUUCCUAUGGUUCGUGGGCUUCUGCUUCCUCACCAAUCAGUGGCAGCGCACCGCGCCAGGGCCCAGUACCACACAGGCUGGGGACGCUGCUCGGGCUGCCAUCGCUUUCAGCUUCUUCUCAAUCCUCAGCUGGGUGGCGCUCACCGUGAAGGCCCUGCAGCGAUUCCGACUGGGGACCGACAUGUCACUCUUUGCCACAGAGCAGCUGGGCGCCAGGGCAGGCCAGGCCUACCCUGGCUACCCGGUGGGCAGCGGCGUGGAAGGCACCGAGACCUACCAGAGCCCGCCCUUUACCGAGACCCUGGACACCAGCCCCAAAGGGUACCAGGUGCCUGCCUAUUAGUGGCUGGCAGGUGCAGGCAAGGGCUCAAAAGCCACCCCACCAAUUCAGGCCCCAAGGCCACCUGGGACUUCCCUCAGGUCCUCCCCACCCAGCGCCAGGGACACGGGGGGUGGCCAUUGUGGGCUUCCAUGGGCCAAGUGGAGGGAGCCCCUCUGGGAUGCCUGGGCUGUCCCCACCAACCCCCCCUACCAAGAUGGCCCAGACCUGAGAUCCUGGAAGAGGGCAGCACAGCCUGGGAUGGGCUAGGGAAGAAGAGGCAGUCCCUUCUUGAAGUAGGCAACCUGGGGCUUACCUGUCCACUCCAAUGCCGGGGGUCCAGCUGCUAUACACAGCCUGGUGCUGGGCUUCCCAGAACCGGGGGUAAGGACACUAAUCUCACCUUGAGGCCAGAGAUUGUGGCCACUGUUCCCAUCCCCAGUUCCUAUGGAUAGUGACUACCUUUGCUGUUGUAUUGGUUGCCCUCUCUGGAGCCUCCCUUCAUUUUGACUCAUAGACUCUAGAGCAGCCUGGCCUGUUAGUGUUGUGAUUGUGGUGAAGUCUUCAGGUUUCAUCUCAUAGUACCCUAUAAGCUGCCCCUCUUUGUGGGCCGUUCUGGCCAGGAAGGCACAAGACACCUGUGGGUUCUGGGCAACAGCCCUUCAGUAAGACCUUGCCUAAAGGAAGAGUGGAACACCUAGGUGCCAGGCAAGACACGCUUAUAAUCAGGAGAGUACUGGAGGUUCCGCCUGCCAACAGUGCCCUUGGAGACAGCCAUUCCUGCAAACUGUCUUACCUUGGCUUCCUGGACCAGUUUCUCCCUCCCUAACCUGCACCCUGUUUUAAGGCCCAGCCCUGGGGGGUUCCCCUGCGUAGCUGACUAUUCAUGCAUUGCACAAAGCUGGCUUUUCACAUAAAGUUAAACCAGAAAUGUUGCCAUAUUUCAUUCUUACAGACAGAUGCCUCCCUCUGGAGUUGCGGUUGAGUGACAUCUCUAUACAUUGUAGCAUAGAACGAUUAUUUAAGUGAUAUUUAAGUGAAUAUGUUUACAGUUUUUGUAUAUAUGGAUCUCUCUUCUGAAAGAACAAUCCAUGAUUGUGUAUUUUCAGUGUCCCAUAUUCCGACUGCAACUUCUUUACAAUAAAGAUUGUAAAUGCGUUGACUGUGA